CGCCAUAAAAUUUCUAAGAUUGCUUACCAUUUUCGCCACCAGUUCAAAUUGCUAAAAAAAGGUCCAAGAUUUUAUGCAUUCACCAAAUUUACCCCACAAUUUCUCGUUCAAGCUCUAGUCUUUGAUCCAAAAAUCACACCACUAAAACCAAUUCUCACAAACCCCAAAUCCCCAAAACUCAGAAUUCAAUUCCGCAGUCUAUUUCCAGCUAGGGUUUUUAUCUCUGUGAUGAGUUUUGCCUCUUCUGUAUGGCUCAAAACCCCCCGUUUCUUCUUCACCUUUUCAUCCUCAACCUCUUCAUCAGUUUCGCCAUAAACCCUAGUCUCUGCGCUGAUUCGGACGAUGAUUUUUCGAUUCUUGGGUUCGAAAUUCACGGGGACUACUCGCCACCUUCGCCGCCUCCGAGUCCGCCGCCGCCCCACCCUCCCCCGCUCUCGUGCCAGGGGGGUCUCAACGGAAUUGGGUCUCUGGACACCACUUGUGAGCUGAAUUCAAGCUUGAUUCUUGAAGAUAAUGUGUAUAUAGAAGGAAAUGGGAGCUUAUAUAUACUUUCCGGUGUUAAUUUGAGCUGCCCAUUAUUGGGUUGUGAAAUUGUGGUUAACAUUAGUGGGGAAUUUAGUUUAGGUAGAAAUUCAAUGAUUAUUGCCGGGUUAGUUUCGGUUAAUGCUUCGAAUGCGAGCUUUUUAACUGGUUCAGUAAUAAAUGUUACGGCAUUGGCUGGUGCACCCCCGGCGCAGACUAGUGGCACCCCGGAUGGUGUUCAGGGUUCUGGUGGAGGGCAUGGUGGGAGAGGUGCUAGUUGUGUGAUUGAUAAUACGAAGCUCCCCGAUGAUGUUUGGGGUGGGGAUCCAUAUGCGUGGUCAUCGUUGGAUGAGCCAGUGAGUUAUGGCAGCAAGGGUGGAACAACUAGUAAGGAUGAGAAGUAUGGUGGGGAAGGAGGUGGGAGGAUUUGGUUGGAGGCAAGAAGUUCAAUUGAUCUUAGUGGGAGUGUUUUGGCUGAUGGUGGUGAUGGUGGGAUUAAGGGUGGUGGAGGUUCAGGGGGCAGCAUAUUUGUCAAAGCUCGUAGAAUGACUGGAAGUGGCAGGAUAAGUGCAGUGGGAGGUAAUGGAUUUGCUGGAGGAGGAGGUGGAAGAGUUUCCAUCAAGGUUUUCAGCAGGCGUGAUGAUACAGAUAUCUUCACUCAUGGGGGAAGGAGUUUAGGCUGUCUUGAAAAUGCGGGUGCUGCAGGAACAUAUUAUGAUGCUGUACCUCGGAGACUUAUAGUCAGUAAUCAUAACUUCUCCACACAGACUGACACGCUUCUGCUAGAGUUUCCUAAACAGCCACUUUGGACAAAUGUUGACAUCCAAAAUCAUGCCAAGGCUUUGGUUCCUUUGUAUUGGAGCCGUGUUCAGGUUCGAGGUCAAAUUCGUUUAUCAUGUGGUGCAGUUUUGAGUUUUGGUCUUGCACAUUUUGCUUCAUCAGAAUUUGAGUUAAUGGCUGAAGAGCUUCUGAUGAGUGAUUCUAUUGUCAAGAUAUUUGGGGCUCUUCGAAUGUCUGUCAAAAUGCACUUGAUGUGGAAUUCUAAAAUGCUAAUAGAUGGUGGUGCUGAUUCAAUUGUGGCAACAUCCUUACUUGAGGCAAGCAAUUUAGUGGUUCUCAGGGGGGCGUCUGUGAUACAUUCUAAUGCGAAUUUGGGAGUUCACGGACAAGGUUUCUUGAAUUUGUCCGGGCCAGGAGACCUGAUUGAAGCACAACACCUGAUUCUGUCUCUAUUUUUCAGUAUCAAGAUUGGACCUGGAUCUUUACUGCGAGGGCCCCUGGACAGUGGCGGUAGUAAUAUGACGAAACCCCAACUCAACUGUGAACUUCCAAACUGCCCCAUGGAAUUACUUCAUCCACCCGAAGAUUGUAACAUGAACUCUACAUUGACCUUCACUCUUCAGAUCUGCCGAGUUGAAGAUGUUAUUGUUCAAGGAAGUAUAACUGGAUCUGUUAUACAUUUUCACUGGGUUAGAGCUGUAUCGGUCCACUCUUCCGGGGUAAUUAGUGCAUCCGGGCUAGGUUGCACUGGUGGGGUUGGUAGAGGAAAGCUUUUUGCAAAUGGACUUGGUGGUGGUGGUGGGCAUGGUGGCAAAGGUGGGGAUGGGUAUUACGAUGGAAAUUUUAUUGAUGGUGGUGCUUCCUAUGGAGAUGCUGAUUUGCCUUGUGAACUUGGUAGUGGUAGCGGAAAUGAUAGCCUAGCUGGUGCAACUGCAGGUGGUGGUAUCAUCGUAAUGGGUUCAUUGGAGCGCUCAUUGGCAAGUUUGUCUCUUGAUGGUUCACUUAGAGCCGAUGGAGAAAGCUUUGGAGAAGAAUAUUUAGAGAAAAAUGAUAGGAUCUUUUCAAAUAUAGGUCCUGGGGGUGGUUCUGGUGGAACUGUUCUAUUGUUUGUUCAAACAUUAGAACUUGGUAAUUCUUCUACAAUCUCAACUGUUGGUGGACAUGGUAGUCCUAGUGGUGGUGGUGGAGGAGGUGGUGGGAGGAUUCACUUUCACUGGUCAGAUAUACCAGUUGGGGAUGCAUAUCAACCUAUAGCAAGUGCGGGAGGAAGCAUCAUUUCUGAGGGAGGUUUCAGUAGAGGUCAUGGUCGGGCUGGACAAAAUGGGACUGUUACUGGAAAGGCCUGUCCCAGAGGGCUUUAUGGUAUCUUUUGUGAGGAAUGCCCUAUUGGCACCUUCAAGAAUGUGAGUGGCUCUGAUAGAGCCCUUUGUCAUGCUUGCCCAUCUUUGGAGCUUCCACAUCGUGCCAUAUAUGUCACGGUUCGAGGUGGUGUCACCGAAACUCCAUGUCCAUACAAGUGCAUUUCUGACAGAUAUCACAUGCCAAAAUGUUAUACAGCAUUUGAAGAGUUGGUUUACACUUUUGGUGGACCAUGGUGGUUUGGUCUUAUUCUGUUAAGUGUCCUCAUCCUGUUAGCUCUUGUGCUUAGCGUUGCACGGAUGAAGUAUGUUACUGGAGACGAAUUACCGACUCCUGUACCUGCUCGACAGGGCUCUCGUUUGGAUCAUUCCUUCCCUUUCCUGGAAUCGUUGAAUGAGGUUUUGGAAACAAAUAGAAACGAGGAAUCUCAGAGUCAUGUGUAUAGGAUGUUUUUCAUGGGGCCAAAUACAUUCAGUGAACCUUGGCAUCUACCUCAUUCCCCUCCAGAACAAGUCACAGAUAUUGUGUAUGAGGCUGCAUUUAAUAGAUUUGUGGAAGAGAUUAAUGCUUUAGCUGCUUAUCAGUGGUGGGAAGGAUCAGUCUACAGCAUUCUUUGUGUUUUUGUCUAUCCACUUGCGUGGUCAUGGUUACAGAGUCGAAGGAAAAAGAAGUUACAACAACUGCGUGAAUAUGUUCGAUCAGAAUAUGAUCAUUCUUGCUUGCGUUCUUGUCGUUCACGUGCACUGUAUGAAGGACUCAAGGUAGCUGCAACUUCUGAUUUAAUGCUUGCAUACAUGGACUUUUACCUCGGUGGAGAUGAGAAAAGAGCUGGUCUUCCUCCCCGUCUUCAUCAGAGAUUUCCCUUGUCAUUAAUUUUUGGAGGAGAUGGAAGUUACAUGGCGCCUUUCCAUCUUUGCAGUGAUAACAUUCUCACUAGCCUCAUGAGUCAGAGUAUUCCACCUACCAUCUGGUAUCGGCUUGUAGCCGGUCUAAACGCUCAACUGCGAUUAGUUCGGCGUGGUCACUUAAAGUUGACUUUUGGUCAUGUUAUCAGCUGGCUUGAAACGCAUGCCAACCCUACUCUUAGUGCAUAUGGCUUACAUGUUGCUCUUGCGUGGUUUCAGCCUACAGCGUCUGGGUAUAGCCAGUUUGGACUUUUGGUAUAUGCUUUAAACAACGAAAGUGUGCCACCAGCACUGGAGGGUCAAGAUGCAUUGUCACCGCGGGAUCAUCUGUCACGUACACCAAGAAAUCAUUGGGAAAACCCAUUCGACCAUUUGAGACUCAUCGACCAUUGGAUGUCACAGAAAAGAAUUUCUGGAGGAAUUUUACUCAGCAAGAGCUUAAGGACGUUUAAAGAGAAGAAAGUCAUAUGUUAUCCAUUUUCUUUCGUAGUUUAUAAUGGCAAACCGGUUGGCCAUCAGGAUCUUGUCGGUUUGUUCAUCUCUAUUCUACUCUUGGGAGAUUUUAGCCUGGUCUUGCUCAGUUUGCUGCAGCUAUAUUCUAUUUCACUGUUGAACUUUUUCUUGGUCUUAUUUAUUCUUCCUCUCGGUCUACUAUUCCCCUUCCCGGCUGGAAUCAGUGCUUUGUUUAGUCAUGGACCUAGACGGGCAGCAGGUCUUGCGCGUAUAUAUGCUUUGUGGAAUAUCACAUCCUUGAUCAAUGUCGUUGUUGGAUUUACUUGUGGAUUGAUUCAUUAUACGACCCACACGAGGAAGAAGCAUUCGAACUUUCAAUCCUGGAAUUUUAGCAUGGAUGAAAGUGAAUGGUGGGUGCUUCCCUGUGGCUUGGCACUGUGCAAACUCGUGCAGUCGCGUCUCAUCGAUUGCCAUGUGGCGAACCAGGAAAUUCAGGAUCACUCGUUGUACAGCAAGGACCCUGACGUGUUCUGGCAGUCAUGAAAGAGGUUCAUUGACAAAGUUCAAGUUUUAUUUAAUUUUAAUAUUUGGUUUAUUUUUUUUCGGUAAAUAUGUGUACCCUAUAUAGAUAUUUCUUUUUUCGAUCGAGGUCAUCUUUUAGAUCGUGGCCUAUAGUAUUACCCCAAAAAAAAAAAAAAAAAAAAAAAAAAAAAAAGAGGAAGAAAAAAAGAAAAGUUGUCGUACAAAUGUGCCGGUGUAUCCAAAUCGGUUUUCGCUUGCUGUGUUCAUAUAUUUGCCUGACACUAUGAAAAGGAAAACCCUACUUAUCAAUCCUCGGAAGUCCGAAUUCGUGACAUGUUUGAUUACGAAACGAUGGUGUUGUAAAUGAAAUAAAAAUACUAAUCAACGUUGUUUCCAA